UGCGACCCGGGCUUUGCGGUGGGAAGUGAGGUGUGGGAAGUCGGUCGCUUUCUGAUUAAUUCAUGGGCUGUGGAAGUGGGACCCGAGGGGAAUCUGGUCCCUAGAGGCUGUUCCUUGUGCCCUGGAUCUCUCCUCGGGCGGAGUUACCUGAGAACAGGAGAUUGAAUUGCUCUCAAUAAUGGGAAGAACCUACAUAGUUGAAGAGACUGUUGGCCAGUAUCUUUCAAACAUCAAUCUCCAAGGAAAGCCUUUUGUCUCUGGUCUUUUAAUAGGACAGUGUUCUUCACAAAAGGAUUAUGUGAUUCUUGCUGCCAAAACGCCACCCAAAGAGGAACAAAAUGAGAACCUCAAACAUCCCAAAGCUAAGUUGGAUAAUUUGGAUGAAGAAUGGGCAACAGAACAUGCCAACCAGGUGUCCAGAAUGCUACCAGGGGGACUUUUAGUUCUUGGAGUAUUUAUUAUUACAAGUUUAGAAUUGGCAAAUGAUUUUCAAACUGCACUGCGCAGACUAAUAUUUGCUGUGGAAAAAUCUAUGAAUAGAAAGCGAUUGUGGAAUUUCACAGAGGAGGAGGUCUCAGAACGAGUGAUACUUCACAUUUGCUCUUCUACAAAAAAAAUAUGUUGUCGAACAUAUGACAUCCUUGAUCCAAAGAGUUCACCAAGACCAGCAGACUGGAAGUAUCAGAAUGGACUAACAACUUCCUGGCUUCCUUUAGAGUGUACAGUUCAUGUUAACAUUCACAUCCCGCUUUCUGCUACUUCUGUCGGCUAUACUCUGGAGAAAAAUACAAAGAAUGGGCUUACACGCUGGGCCAAACAAAUAGAAAAUGGUGUCUAUCUGAUUAAUGGACAAGUUAAAGAGGAUGAUUGUGACCUGUUGGAAGGACAGAAAAAAUCUUCUCGAGGAAAUACUCAGGCAACUGGUCAUUCUUUUGAAGUCAAAGUACUAACACACUUGCUUCUGAAUUCAGACCACAGAUCCACAGCCACGGUUCAGAUCUGCAGCGGCUCUGUAAACCUUAAGGGCACUGUGAAAUGCAGAGCUUACAUUCACAGCAGUAGACCCAAGGUUAAAGAUGCUGUGCAGGCAGUGAAGAGAGAUAUAUUGAACACAGUUGCUGAUCGUUGUGAGAUACUAUUUGAGGAUUUGCUUUUGAAUGAAAUUCCAGAAAAAAAAGGUGCUGAAAGAGAGUUCCACAUCCUCCCACACCGAGUUUUUGUCCCCAUUCCGGGAUCCACCAUAAUGUUAUGUGAUUACAAAUUUGGAGAUGAGUCAGCUGAAGAAAUUAGAGAGCAUUUUACAGAGAUGUUAGAUCAUGUGAUUCAAAUGGAAAAUCUGGAAAUUGCAGAAGAAAUAAACACAGCUUGCAUGAGUUCCUCUGUGAAUAAUGAAGCGUCAUUGGACAACACAGAUGAUGAACAACCAAAACAACCAAUUAAAACUACAGUGAUACUGAAAGUUCGGCAAAACAUAGGUGUGAUUACAGCAUUUGCGGUUGCAGU